AGAAACUGCCGGAAAACGCAUCAAUCACUUUUAUCUAACCAAUCGUCUGCAUAAAGCAACUGUCAAUCAUUCUCCCAUCAUAAACUGCGCACGCGCCUUCCGCCUACCUCCGCCAUUGUUUAAUUUUUUGGGAGUUAUUUGAAAGCUGGCGGCAGUUUGUGAAGUUGAACAGGACACAUUUUAAGCAUGCAGGCACCAUCCAUUUACGAAAGCAAAUUCCUGAAAAAGACGUUUGUCUUCGGCGAAUUGUCUUUCGAACACCACACCACCGACGUGGCGUUUAUCAGUAGUUCUACAAACUCGAAGGAAUGCAUGGAACAGUCAGCGGUUUCUAUAGCGCCCAAUACGGAAAACGAUGAAGUGCAGAACGUUGACAAAACCUUUUCCAUAAUGAACAGCAGUGCAGAUGAGAACUCUGGCGAGCACACACUUCCCCAGGAAGACGAACUCAAGAUCAGAGACAAUGUCACCUUCCACUGCGCACGGUGUAAAAACAUCUUUGGGGAUUACCUGGCUGUGUGCGGGGAAGAGAAGGAGCUGCAGGCAAUCAUCCUUGUUGCUGUGACAAAAAUUGUGAAGAGAGACUCAGCCCUUCAGUUUGGAGUGAAGGGAAGACUCUUGGGAUGCGUGUACAAGCAUCUUGUGUGUUCUGGCUGCAGUGAAUACGUGGGAAUAUCGAUUUGUUCUUCGACUGAUGCACUUGCUCAAAUCAGGAAUUACUUUCUGCUCUUCAAAGAAAAAGUUAAUUGUUAUGUUUUUCAGUUGAAGGAAAUGGUUCCAGCUUCUAAUAUGGAAUUUUCAAUUCAGAAAUAUAAGAAUGUUCUGGCAAAGCUCCAGUUGGAAGCCUCGCUUAUGGAAAAAAGAUUGACAGCUUUAGAAAAACGAGUCAACGGAGUCUGUGACGAAUGACUUGAAAUAAACUGCCUGUCACCUGCAUAUUGGUAAAAUGUGAAGCUUUUCAUUGAGGAAGUCUCAGUCUUAUUGUAUUAAAUGCUGUUUGUUCAUGUAGCAUUAUUAAAAGAAAAACAAAACAUACAUUUAUGUAGGGAAUUUUUUGCAACCCUGCAUUUCUAAUACCGUACUUUGGAUGGCACGUCACUGGAAUUGUUUCCUCGCCUCUCAGUGUUGUGUUUCUCUCUCUGUGUUGUGUUUCUCUUUUAUUUUAUUGUUCCACUGGCACAAUCCGCAGUUUUUGUUUCCAACUAAAUUAAAAAAAGUAUCAAAUAAAAGUCUCAAAAACAAAA